UGCUAAAUGAAAGUGGUGAGCGCCCCUGUAAGUGGUGAGCGCCCCUCGUUUGGAAAAUGUAUUGUUGUGGUAAGUUUCUAAUUUUUAAAAUGUUACAAAGAACACAAAUCUUUGGCUGCCCGCUCUCCCCACUUGCCUUUAUGCCUUCCUUACUCUGUUCGUUAUUAUUUAAUAACUUUAUGCCUAGAAAAAAUGCGUUUGCUCUAAACUGAGAACUUGUCUACCGCUAGAUUUCAAAGCAACGUGCUGAGCUCUGUUCUUGCAUCUCAGGUGGUGGUUGAGGGGGUAGAAGUCACUUAAGUUUUAUGGGUUUUAUUGUCCUGGCAAACUCUCCUGUAAGGCUAAGCAAGUAUUUUGAAAGUGGCAUUUUGUUUGGCUAUGUGAUACAAAAGAAUGAUGUUAGGCUGUCCCUUUUAUGACUAUGAACAAACAAAAAGUAUGCCUGUUGGAGUUGGAACUUUUAAUCUAGUUUUCUCUUGCUACAAGGUACAAAGUCAAAUAUGACUUCUAAGUUUUGAGUUCUAGAAAUCUGUUAAGGAAACAAAGUCAGAUGAUGUAAAGAUAAGAUCAUUUAACUCUGCUGGUGGGACCUUAAAAAACCAAUGUGUUCGAAUCUGUCUGACUUUAAUUACAUUGGUUUUUGUUUUGCAUGAGGGUCUUGGUGUGUUGCUCAUGCUGACUGCUUCUGUGGGUUGGCCUUGAACUUACUAUCCUCCUGCCUCAGCACUCCUGAGUGUUGGGAAUCACAGUCCUGUGCCACUAGGGUUGUCUUAAAUGCUCAUUUUAAAGGCAGAGGCUAAAAAACUACAUUCAGAUAAUCAGGAACUCCAAAUGAGAGUACUGACGUUGUAUCUUCUCAUUAAAUUGCCUUGGUUACUUUUUUAAAAAAUCGAAUUAGGUUGAAUAUUUUUAUGAAAACUAGGAUGAAGUCAACAAAAUAAAAAAUGAAUAAAUUCUGAAAUCUGUUAACCUAGUUGAUUUGGGUUUUAAAGGCAUGAGAGUGCUUAUGCUGCCUUAGAAGUUUUGCCAUAUUCUGUCUGAUAUUGAUGAGGUUACCGGUGUCCACAUACAGACUUCACUCACUAGUGGCAGCAUUAAUCGAGUAUGAAUAUGAGUCAUAAGAUUCUGUGCGAGGCAAUUUUAUUUUUAAGUCUGUCAUAAUACAAAGGGUAUGUUUAUGCAUUCGUGCACGUCUGUCUUAAUGGUCAGAGGAAAGGAUAUGGGCAUACUUGUUUCUCUGUGGAAUAGUUCUAAAGUCCACUUAGUGGUACCGCAUAUAGACUGCCCAUUUCAAGGGAAUUUCUUUGAUGUUUUGCUACUGAUGUUUUCAAGGGAAGUCAGAGACGUUUGCUUAGACUGCAAUUUGUUAACAGUUCCCUCUUAUGUCAUUGAUGUGCCCUGAGUCACCACCCCACCCCAAGAGAAUUUUCUGAAUGGCUAGUGGCUGGCAUACUAGAUUUGAUAUCUGCUUUAAUAAGCUAUGAUAAUUAUUUAGGAGUUUGACUUUUGAACGAACAUGGGUGUGUGCAGUAAAGAGCCCUGGCUUUUAAAUUAACCAGAGCUCUAAGUGUUGAACCAGGCAGACAGACAGAAGGAUAAUAAGGCAAGAAGUCCUCUGUCUUCCUGACUACCAGAUUUGUUGAGGAAAGUGGUUUGGAGUCUAAACAGGACUUCCACAGAUUAAACGGACAUUAAACAGAUGUCUUCACUGCACUCCCCAACCCUGGCCCUGCCAGUGCCCAUGAUGAGCUGAGCCCCAUGGCUUCCCUCCUCCACCUCACUCCCCGAACUGAGGAGUCGCACUGGCUGUGUGCUAGCGCUGCGGAAAUCCUUGUAUCUGAGAGAGUGUUCUAAAACACCUGGACGAAGGGUGCUCUGAUAGAACCUCAGGCUGCUGACUCGGUCUUAAAGGAACUGGGACACAAUUCCCUAAAAGGUCUAAAAUCUUACCCUUCUUGGGAAAGUAUUUAAUACCAUUUAUGUAUUCUAAUCCAAUUCUACAGGGUUACAAAGUCCACACAGUAGGAAAAGAAAACUAUAGGCUCACAUUCUAGAGUAAAUGAAUUCUGUGUGUGAUGUUUUUUACCUAAUUGAAAAUAGGGCAACUUGUGUGAGUUUUCACGGCUUUCAUGUCUUAUUGUAGAACUUGUUUUCCCUCUUCCUCAAAUCCUAUAUGCUCCGGAGGACUUAUCCAAAUGUCUUUUGUAAGUCAUCAGUACUGCUGAUGGUCUUUUUUAACUGUGAUGAAAUCCUACUUGCUCCUGGGUGCCUUUGGUAGAUCAUCUUAGCUGCUGUCCAUCUGCAAGGGAGCUUCCCUAGCAGUGUGUAUGUAGGCACGCUGUAAGGGUCUGUAAGUGUGGUGGCUCCUAGGCUCAAGAGGCAGAAGCAGAAGACUGGUGAGUUUGAGGCCAGCCUGGGCUUUUUGUUAAACUGUCUCAAAGUGAAAAACAAAAUAGAGGUAAAGAAAAAAAGAACUCCACCUACAGUGAACCCUGGGGCAGCCCUGAAGGGAGUUGUGUAAUCUCAGAAGUGUUAUCACGCGCACAGAUUGACCAGCAAACAAGUGGAUCUCCAUCCAGGUCAAGGGGCACAAGAGCUGAGAUUGUGGUGGUCAUCUAUCACCUUAUAUUCCUUACUUGGUAACAGUGCAUAGUACCAUAGCCCAUAUAGGCUGACAUCCACUCAUGAGCUAUAUUGAAACUAUAUUGGAAAAAACCCAAUUCCUUCGAGGACAAUGAAGCAAAAAAGGAAGAAAAAAAAAAAAGCAGUAAGUAUCACCUUCAACUUUGAGAACUGAAAGCUUGCCUCUGGUCGUCAAUUUGAAGUAAAGUGACAUUUAGGAGUCAGUCACUUGAGGACUUGGGAACUACUGUACCUGUAGUGAGGUUGUAUGCUGGUCCUAGGAAGGCCUCGAGGGCCUCUGCUGUGAGCCAGAGAGUACUAUUCCCUCACAUGUAUGUGCCAAACAGACUGAAGCAGUAGGGAGCCCAAGACACACCACACACACACACACACACACACACACACACGCACACACACGCACGCACAUUUUCUAUUUCAGAACCCGCCUCUCUGGUUGCUGUGUGUCCUCAGUCAGUCCCUUCCAACCUUCUUACUCUUCCCUGUUUUCAGGGUCUUCACAUUUCAGUGAAUACUGAUCAGACUUGCUGUAUCCUUAAUUUUGGUUUGUCUGAUAUCAUCUCACAAUUAGGUUGGGAUUUUGUGUUCUUGACAAAAUACCACAGAAACAAUGACUCCGUUUUAAUGAGUCGCCUCUUGAUUAUUUGAUUAUGGUGGUGCCUGAAGGUCCCACACUGUAAAGCUACUGUCUUCCCUUUUGUGUAAGAGUGUGACGUGGCUACCUAUAGUCACCAGGGGAUGCUUAGGAGGUUCUGCUUCCCCUCAGCCACGCUUUCAAGUACAACUGGGCCAGAAUUUUACUAAAACCAAUUCUAUUUCAACUCUUAAGUAUAGCUUUCUUUCUAUAGAAAAUAUUAUUCUAUCAGACUUAUUGAUAAACAAAGGUCUUAGCUUUGGGUUGUUGAGGCUGUCACUGACCUUUGGCCUGCGAGUGUUAAUAGCUGCCUUGUUAAUAGAAGUGCUGUGAUACUCUUUAAGCCACAGUGAGUCCUGUGCCUCACUGCUCCCUGGGCUUUACCAGGGCACCAUCAGACUCAGGGGAGACCUUCAGCCUAGAGAACUCACACAGUUGUAUGAUUCCUCAGUAUCAGUGUCCCUUGGCUCUAGGCUUUAAAACUAUUUUAAACUGUUUUAAAGGGGGUGGAAGGGGGCAAGAAAAGAGAAGAGGGAAAGAUAAAUGAGGUUUAACCUAACUUUUCCUGGGGCUACGACUACAUGAAUAUUAGACUCUGGUGGUCAAAGGACAGCUUCAGCCUGGUUACAGUCUAAUCUUAAUGUAGGUUGUAAGCCCAGGGAGUGUAUUGAUUCUAAAAGAGUCAUAUUAAUUUUUUUUAAGAUUUAUUUCAUUUAUGUGAGUACAUUAUAGCUGUCUUCAGACACACCAGAAGAGGGCAGUAGAUCUUAUUACAGAGCCACCAUGUGGUUGCUGGGAAUUGAACUCAGGACCUCUGGAAGAGCAGUCAGUGCUCUUAACCUUUGAGCCAUGUCUCCAGCCCAGAAAUGACAGUUCAGAUGGCUGGGAGCCAUCAAACAGUAGCUGGAGUUCAAACUGAGGUCUUUUGGGUCCACAGUCUUACCUGCUAACCCACAGCUCCAGCACAUAUUAAUUCUUGGCUUAGAAGUCAGUGCAUAAGUAAAAAGAACCUCCAGUAAGGAGGGAUGCUUCAAAGGAAAUUGUAUAUUGUACAUUGUACUACCCGUAUAUUUAAUAGUCAUCCCUGAGGUAGAAAGCAUGGUUUCUAUAGCAACUUACUAAAACUGGAUGACUUUAUGUGGAAGCCAAAGGACCAGACUUCUGUGUUUAUUUUAGAGACCUUGAAGUUAUUAUCACUACCAAAAUAGACUAGUAGUAUAGUUAUCACAUUGUAAGUAGAAGGUUUAAAGCUGGGAGUGUGAGGGAGAGAAAGUUUAGAACUUGACCCUUUAAACAUAGGUUUCUGAUCAUAACAUAUCUAAGUCUACUUGUGUUUUUUGUUUUAUUUGGAGGUGGGGAGUGGGGUUCAAAACAGGGUUUCUCUGUGUAGCCCUGGCUAUCCUGGAAUUCACUUUGUAGACCAGGCUAGCCUCAAAUGCAAAGAGAUCCUCUUGCCUCUGCCUCCCAAAUGCUGGGGCUAAAGGUGUAUGCCACCAUGCCCCUUCUAAAGCUUAUUGAAACUUCUUCUUUUUCUUCCUCCUUCUCUUCCUCCUCUUCUUCCUCCACAGGGCAGGGCAGUGUUGUUGUGGGGGUUGGGAAGAGAAGUUGAUACCCCCUCUCCUAUGUGCUGCUUGCCAUGUUAGAAUCUGCUCGUUAUUUUGAAAUCUGAAGAUGUGUACAUGAGUAAGCAUGUAGCUUUUCCUACUCUAGUCUAAAUAUGGCUACUGAAGAAAUACACUCGUACAUUGUUGAAUGUUUAAACUGUAGCUCUAACAUUCCUGAAGCCAUGUUGUAUAGAUUGUAAUGUUGUGUUUUGAAAUAACCUGGCCCACCUUUCAUUGUGUGUGUCUGUAGUCUGGGAUGAUCACUUGUCACCUAGUUACCCACACUGACUCCCACAGGAACUUCCUUUUCAGACCAGCAGACUCUCUUGUCUGCAGUUUUCUGCUGGACCACUUAAGGGUCCUUCAGAAUGAUCUGUAUGGCUGUCGUUUGCUCUCACAGGUAUAUUUUGAGACUUUACAUUAUGAGGUGAGUGUCUCGUCACUGUCUAAGUUAGACUAUGCAGGUUUUCCCCUGGGAGGCUGUUGGCUAGUGUCUGGAGAAAAGUGUUUGGUUUCUGUUGUGUGAGCAUCACUUUUAGGACUUUGAGUUGACUGUACUGGUAUCUAAAAAAAAAUGUGUGUCUGUGUGUGUGUGGACACAAGUUGGGAGCACUUUCACAGGCUUGCAGCUGUCUUACUGUGUCCUCACAUGGCAAGGUAAAAGGAUGCUGGCUCUUAACUUUUUCUAUAGGCACCUGUGAGGAUGGGCACUAAUGUUCACUCUCGUGACCUCAUCUAAACGGAUUACGUUUAAAGGCCCUUCUCCAAAUACCUUCACUUAGCAUGAGGGCUUCAGUGCAUGCAGUGGGGGUAGGAGGCACGUAGAAGCAUCCACCCUGUAACAUCGCCCAAUGUAUCUGAAGCUUCUGUUUCUAUAGUUCUUAAAAUACUUGGAGGCCAGGCAUGGUGGUGCACACCUUUGAUGGGUAUCUGUGAGUUUGAGGCUAGUUUAGUGUACAAAUUAAAUUCCAUCUCAGACAGCCAAGAUCAUACCGUGAAAUCCCAUCUCAAAAUAAGGUCUAUCUGGGGUAAGUGGGCUCUCUGAGAGUUACUGCUGCUAGGUUUCCUGUGUGGUCAGCAGGUUGCUCUGGCUGUCUCUGGGGUAAGUAUCUGUUUCAGUCCAGGCCUCCGUGUAACUUUUGGUUUUGUAUCCUACAAAAUUUAAACCCAAAGGGCUUCAUGCCUUCCAAGAAAAAACAAGUUUAUUUUUAAUUUUUUAAAUUUUUUAAACAAUUUUAUUAGAUAUUUUCUUCAUUUACAAUUCAAAUGCUAUCCCAAAAGUCCCCUAUACCCUCCCCCCACCCUGCUCCCCUACCCACCCUCUCUCUUCUUGGCCCUGGCGUUCCCCUGUACUGAGGCAUAUAAAGUUUGCUAGACCAGGGGGCCUCUCUUCCCAAUGAUGGCCGACUAGGCCAUCCUCUACUACAUAUGCAGCUAGAGACCCGAGCUCUGGGAGGGGUACUGGUUAGUUCAUAUUGUUGUUCCACCUAUAGGGCUGCAGAUCCCUUCAGCUCCAGAAAACAAGUUUCUUAACAGCCUGUAUUUUGCUACAUUUAGCAACUAAAUUUCCACACUAGAUUUUCAUGUAUAACAGCAUAUCUCUUAACCACAGUAAUUAAAAUCAUCCUGAAUAGAUGUUGUUAUAUUUAAUUAUGGAUUGUAUGCUCUAGUUGAUAUAAGCUUGUUACACAUUUAGAACAUGGUUGUUUAUGGCUGAAUAUAGAUGUUUAAAAGUAGCCAUUUUCAGUUUCUUUUUUAAGGUCUGUACUAUUAUUUUUUUUUUUUUUUUACAAAUUGUAACAGUAUUCAUUUUAUCAUUACCACCAUUGGUCAGUCAUAUAAUACUGACUGCUUAGUCUGGUGCAGCAGAUAAAACAGCAUAUUUUAAGUGUGUGUAACUUAAGAGGACAGGAAUAGUCAGGUGUGGUAGGUGACAAAGAAGCAUUUCUGGUAAAAGAGGCGAUGAGCUGAACUACCUCCAGAUGAAUUUCACCUCAGGGCUGGUUUUGGAGAUAGUCUGUCUUUAACAUAAAAUGGCAGUAUACCAUGACCACAGAAGUGGGAACAAAGACCUGCAUUUUCUUCCCUUCUUAGUGAGAUGAGGACUCUCUGAGUCCUGUCAUGCCAUAGUCAGACACUCGUGGGGCAGAGCAGUGCAUGAAAAGAUGGAUGUUCAGCUUUGUUAGGUAUUAAAGAAAUGCAAAUCUUUGUAAUCAUGGCCAAACAGUACUGCCUCAUUGUGUGCCAAUGCCAGAUAACUUCACCUCGUAGACAUUGCUGGUGGGAAGAUAAAAUGGUAGAGCAGCUCUGGAAAGUAGUCUGACUGCUCCGAAACAGCCACGCCUGUAGUGGUUUACAACGGACAAGCUGCACUCAGUUGUACACACACAGUGUGUGGAUACUUAAAAUUGUGCCUUUAUCUGUAAUAGCCAGAAACUGCAGUUACUUGUUCUUCAACAAGAGGUUUAUUUUGGGGGGAGGGUUGUUUUGUUUUCUUUUUAAUGGUAAGUCUAUACCAUGAAAUACUGUGCAGCAAUAAAAUAGAAUGAGUUCAUUAAUACAGCCAUCUGGAUCAGUCUCCAGAGAAUUAUGAGGGAAAGAAGGCAGUCCUAAAAGGCUACAUUCUUCAUGGUGCUGUGUGUAUGACUUCCUUUCUAAAUGGCAGACAUUUCAGAAAUAGAAAACAUAUUAAUGUUGCCAGGGACUGGGGAGGAGAAGGCAAGAGAAAAAUGUGUGUGACUGUAUGGGGCAACAGGAUUGUUGUGCUGAUGGUGGAAUUUCGGGUUUUCACAAUCCCACCCCCAUCCUAGACUGGGUUUCUCUGUGUAGCCCUGGCUGUCCUAGAACUCACUUUGUAGGCCAUGCUGGCUACAAACUUAGAGAUCCACCUGCCUCUGCUUCCCAAGCGCUGGGAUUAAAGGCGUGCGUUAACGCUGCCUGGCGUGUUCCGUCAUUACCUGCGAUUGUUGGUGUCCUUGUUAUGAUAUUUUGCUUGUGCAUCCCAAUUAACACCAAGUAAAAGACACUCAGUUGAGUGGACGCUCAGUAGAGGAUUUGGGGCAGCCAUAUUCUUUCUUGGAGCUCUGAAGGUCUACACUGAUCUCACAGCAGUUUACUGUUGUUUAUUUGCUGUAUUAGAGGUAGGAUCUCAUGCAGCCCAGGCCGCUUCUGAACUCUGGAUCCAGAAAUGUUAAUCUUUAAAAACAUAAUGAGCCAGGAAUAGUGGUGCUCAGGAGGCAGAGGCAAGUGGGUCUCUGUGAGUCCAGGCCGGUAGCGUCCUCAUAGUGAAUUCCAGGCCUGCUGGGGCUACAUAGUAAGACCAUUUCAAAAAGAAAAAAUACAAUGAGAUUAUCCAUGAGUGAUCUGAUGGAAUAGUAUUUCUGCUGCACAUAGUACAGUAAUGACUCUUAGCUGUUUAUUGGUUUUAGCUUGUUUAUUGGUAGUUCAUUUGAUAGUUCUUUCCUUAUUCAAGAAAUAAUUAUUGUCAAAUAUAGUAGCACACACCUGUAAUCCCAACACUUUAGAGACUAAAGUUGUCUUAAGUUCUAGGCCAUCUUGACUACAAAGAGACCCUGGAGAGAAAGGUUGGUCAGGAGUGGUGGCACCUUUAAUCUCAGCAUCCAGGAGGCAGGGGUGGGCAGAUCCCUCUGUGCUCAGAAGCAACCUAGUCUAUGUCUUGAGUUUCAGGCCAGCCAGGACUGUACAGUGAGACUCUAUCUCAAAAAAAUUUUUUUUUCAAAAAUUAAGUAUUUGAUGUGUGCUUAAUCUGGCCUUGCUAUCAAAAUAAAAGCAACCAUCCUCAUCCUAAAACCAAAGCCACCUGUUUAUAAUUGUUUCAUGGCUAUAACAUAUUUUCUUUAUAAUUAUGACAUCCUCCACCUUAGGAGAUCGUAGUAAAUGUAGCUGCUUGUGUACAUUGCACAAAGCAAGCUCUUUGGAAUGUGCAGUUGGAAACCUUGGAAUACCCAGGGGAAUAAUCAGGAUUAUAUGCUUCAGGCUACUCAACAGCUAGACUGUGGUUACAGUCAUCUCUGUAUAGACUGUUGAGUGGAGUCUGUCUUGCCUUAGGCACUGACUGUCUCUGGCCAGUAGGCUGAGUUAUGUGCUGAUGGGACCUGGCAGGUCCACUUCAUUUUUUUUAGGGGAUCAGCACUUUGUCCCUGUUCCACCUAGGACUUACCUGACAACACAGAAUGUCUCUCUAGAACUUUGCAAAUAUGGAAUCUUGAGCUUAGGGCAACCAGAGCUGGUUUAGAGAGGCCACUCUGCGCAGUUAAUAGUUUGGACUCAUUACUCCUAGAGUCCAAUAAAAAUUGACUUCUGCAUUAGCCUAAAGCUGGAGGUUUUUCUGAUCCUACAUCCAGGGGAUGGACUCUCUGUGGAUUUGGCUUUAACGUAACAUAAAGGUGUCUGCUGAGUGAUGGUGUGUUCACCCGCUGGAGGGAGAGCUGACAGCCUGAGGACUAAUGGGUUUGUUUUGGUGUGGGUUGGGUUUUUCAGUGGAUGAGUCAGGGUAAGGGGUGAAGCCAGAUUUAGAUGUACCCUCUCUCUUUUGAAUUGCAGAGCUCUGGUGAUCUUGAUUUGAGUAGUGAGUUGAAGUUGAGAAACCAAAACCCCUUUUGUGCUCUGAACAUUGUGGGACACAAACGUUAUGUCCCAUUAUGCCAUGUUGAGGUUCUGAAGUCAUGGUACGUGUGUUAGUCUUGGCGCAGCUUACCACAGCUCGCUUGACGCAGCAUGUACCUGAUGUAUCUGAACCAGAAGAUCUCGGUUCUCAGUUGUAUCCCUUGUCUCUCUGCAAAGAUAAAUCCCAAGCUUCCCCUGGAGGUGACAGUCCUCCUGUCCUUGCCUCCUGUGGUCAGAGUGGACAUAGUACUGCAGGUCCUGAGCGGUUGGUGGAGGGAGAUGAAGACAGUUGGCCCCACCCUGGGGUGUGGAAGGAAACAGAACUUCCACAGCCUCCAACCCCACUUAGAGGCACUGCCAGUCUGAGACAUAUGUGUGAUGUAGCUGGGGCAGCAGGAGAGCAAUGGGCUCUGGACAGCAGAGCAGAGUUCUCAAACCAUGAAUUAUGUGGGCCAGCUGGCUGGGCAGGUGCUCGUCACUGUGAAGGAACUCUACAAGGGCAUUAACCAAGCCACGUUGUCUGGAUGCAUCGAUGUGGUCGUGGUGAGGCAGCAGGAUGGCUCCUACCAGUGCUCGCCUUUUCACGUACGCUUCGGGAAGCUGGGUGUCCUGAGGUCCAAGGAGAAAGUGAUUGACAUAGAAAUCAAUGGCAGUGCUGUGGAUCUUCACAUGAAAUUGGGUGAUAAUGGGGAAGCCUUCUUUGUAGAGGAGACUGAAGAAGAAUAUGAAAAAUUACCUGCUUAUCUUGCCACCUCACCAAUUCCCACUGAAGACCAGUUCUUUAAACAUAUUGAAACCCCUUUGGUGAAAUCAAGUGGAAAUGAAAGGCCAGCUCAGAGUUCAGACGUUUCUCACACCUUGGAAUCAGAGGCAGUUUUCACUCAGAGUUCUGUGAAAAAGAAGAAACGAAGGAGAAAGAAGUGCAAACAGGACAAUAGGAAGGAGGAGCAGGCAGCUUCCCCUGUUGCAGAAGAUGUAGGUGAUGUGGGUGUGAGCUCAGAUGAUGAGAAGAGAGCCCAGGCAGCAAGAGGAUCUUCAAAUGCUUCCUUAAAGGAAGAGGACUACAAGGAGCCUUCACUCUUCCAUUCUGGGGAUAACUACCCCUUAUCUGAUGGAGAUUGGUCCCCAUUAGAAACCACCUACCCUCAGGCUGUGUGCCCCAAGAGUGACUCUGAGCUGGAGGUGAAGCCAUCUGAGAGCCUCCUCAGAUCUGAGCCGCACAUGGAGUGGACGUGGGGCGGGUUCCCAGAGUCCACCAAGGUCACCAAAAGAGAACGGUAUGACUAUCAUCCAAGGACAGCUACGAUUACACCAUCAGAGAACACACAUUUCAGGGUAAUUCCCAGUGAAGACAGCCUCAUAAGAGAAGUUGAAAAGGAUGCUACUGUUGAAGAUACUACCUGUACCAUAGUGAAACCCAAACCUAGAGCCCUGUGUAAGCAACUGAGUGAUGCAGCGUCUACUGAGCUUCCCGAAUCACCUCUUGAAGCACCUCAGAUUUCAUCGUUAUUAGAUGCAGACCCUGUUCCCAGCCCAUCAGCAGAGGCUCCCUCAGAACCCAAACCAGCUGCUAAAGACUCACCAACAAAAAAGAAAGGUGUUCACAAAAGAAGCCAGCACCAGGGACCUGAUGACAUUUACCUUGAUGACUUAAAGGCUCUUGAGCCUGAAGUGGCGGCUCUCUAUUUCCCUAAAAGUGACACGGAUCCAGGUUCCAGGCAGUGGCCUGAGUCUGACACAUUCUCUGGUUCUCAGUCCCCACAGUCUGUGGGGAGUGCAGCUGCGGACAGUGGCACUGAAUGCCUCUCAGACUCUGCCAUGGACUUGCCUGAUGUAACCCUCUCCCUCUGUGGAGGCCUCAGUGAGAAUGGAGAGAUUUCUAAAGAGAAGUUCAUGGAGCAUAUCAUCACUUACCAUGAGUUUGCAGAAAACCCUGGCCUUAUCGACAACCCAAACCUCGUGAUCCGGAUAUAUAACCGUUACUACAACUGGGCGUUGGCUGCUCCCAUGAUCCUUAGCUUACAGGUAUUUCAGAAGAGUUUGCCUAAGGCCACCGUUGAGUCCUGGGUUAAAGACAAGAUGCCAAAGAAAUCUGGUCGAUGGUGGUUUUGGCGGAAAAAAGAAAGUAUGAUCAAACAGUUGCCAGAGACCAAGGAGGGAAAAUCUGAGGUCCCUCCAGCAAAUGACCUGCCUUCCAAUGCUGAGGAGCCAACCAGUGCCAGACCUGCAGAGAAUGACACUUCUAGUGACGAGGGGUCACAGGAGUUGGAAGAAAGCAUCAAAGUUGACCCCAUCACCGUAGAGACACUGAGUCACUGUGGGACGGCCUCAUAUAAGAAGUCUCUCCGACUCUCCUCGGACCAGAUAGCAAAACUGAAGCUCCAUGAUGGCCCCAAUGACGUGGUAUUCAGUAUCACAACCCAGUAUCAGGGCACCUGUCGGUGUGCAGGGACCAUCUACCUGUGGAACUGGAAUGACAAAGUCAUCAUCUCUGACAUCGACGGAACAAUAACCAAGUCUGAUGCUUUGGGGCAGAUUCUCCCACAGCUGGGUAAAGACUGGACGCAUCAGGGCAUAGCUAGGCUCUACCAUUCCAUCAAUGAGAAUGGCUACAAGUUUCUGUACUGUUCUGCACGUGCCAUCGGCAUGGCCGACAUGACCCGUGGUUAUCUGCACUGGGUCAAUGAUAAGGGGACGAUCUUGCCUCGAGGCCCUCUGAUGCUGUCUCCCAGCAGCUUGUUCUCUGCCUUCCACAGGGAAGUGAUAGAAAAGAAACCAGAGAAGUUCAAAAUUGAGUGUCUGAAUGAUAUUAAGAACUUGUUUGCCCCGUCCAGGCAGCCCUUCUAUGCUGCCUUUGGAAACCGUCCCAACGAUGUCUAUGCUUACACACAAGUCGGAGUUCCAGACUGUAGGAUAUUUACUGUGAAUCCAAAGGGUGAAUUAAUCCAAGAGAGGACCAAAGGGAACAAAUCAUCGUAUCACAGGCUGAGUGAGCUUGUGGAACACGUGUUCCCACUUCUCAGUAAGGAGCAGAAUUCUGCCUUUCCAUGCCCAGAGUUCAGCUCCUUCUGCUACUGGCGAGACCCAAUCCCUGACCUGGACCUGGAUGACCUGGCUUGAACAAGGCCUCGAUGGCAAGAUGGGGGGCACUGGCACUGGCCCUCUUACAGAGGAAGACCCAGGAGCUGACAGUCAGGAACCUGCUUUCCAGAACAGGGACGGGGACCCGAAGCUGGCACUGCCACCUUCUUUCAGCUUCCUAGGCCACCACUCAGCACUUAGAGUAAUAAGGGGCCCUGGACCUGCGUUAGAAGCCCGUGCUCUAAAGCCUGCACUCCUUUACUUGUGGGCUCUCACGUGCUUCUGUGGAGUUGUGUACUGGGCACCACGCAGCUGCACAUCUAAAAAGGAAGAAACCAGAAACUGAAAAAGAAUAGACCAGCACAUUGCUACACAAAAGUAAAGAGUUCAAAUCUCCACUGGUCAGUUGGGAUCGUUUCUCUCUCUAACCAGGGCUUUCUCCAGAGGUCCAGUUAGUGCUGCCAGCUCUGCGUGCACACCCUCCUCGGGAUGCCUCCACUCUCACUCACUGAACUAGGACAGCUGCUUCAUGUGCCAGCACCGUGAGCCCAUCUGCCCCAGCAUGGGCUGUAAAGUUGGGGGGAAAGCACCCUAGCAGCAGCGUCUCCUCACCUGUCCCCGCCGCAGUGAGAAAGAAGCGCUUUAAGCUGCUGUUAUGACCUAGCAGAAGAACAAAUGCACAGUUCAUGUCUGGAGUGAUGGUGAGACCUUGGUUUGAAUCACAAAGAAGGCAGUGGCUUCUCAGAAGUGUAGAAGGGCAGUUGCCUGGGGUCCUGGGAGUCCUGUUCUCUGACACUGUCACCUGACUUAAGUGGCCCUUGGGGCAGAUUAUUUCAGAACAGGAUUUUUGAAAGUCUGGGCUUCAUAUUUGCUGAGGAGAAAGCCUUUGGCUAGUGGCAUUGACCAGUCAUCUGGAUUCCAACCAUGUAAUGCAGUCAUGGAGGCCUGGGAGAGAGAGGCUCCUGAGUGCCUGUUGAGAGCCACACCUCAGCAGCAGCAGCAGCCCAUCACUCUGACUCACCCUCAUGCAGUUGAUAGUGCAGAUGAGGCCUCGUGGGGAUGUGGGGUACCCCCGCACCUCCCUGGCGGCCUCAGACACUGGCCUCGUUAAGUGCUCUUGUCAAAUGUUGGAGCAGAUGGCACCAGGGAGAGUUAUGUCCUCAGAUCUGCAGAGCCUUGCCCAGCUGGGUGUGGGCAGUUACUAAGAAAUCCAUCUGAGUUCGAGGUCAGCCUGGUCUACAGAGUUAGUUCCAGGACAGCCAGGACUACACAGAGAAACCCUGUCUUGAAGAAAAAAGAAAAAAAGAAAAGGGGUGGCUAUUUUCCAGAUUGGAGAGUUGAGUGUCCUUGCCUCAUUUCAGUAUUGCAGUUGAAUGCAGAGACCUUGGUAACAAUGUUUAAUUAAAGAAAAAGACCAUUUGAAACAUAGUUGUCCGUGGCAAGCCCUGGAGGCACGUAGUCCCAGAGAAGCAACGCAGGCUCCCGGCACUGUGCUGAUGUUUCCCACAAGUGUUCCCUCUGCUCCGUGAGUUACUUGUGUUAGGUAGUAGGGAAACUUGGCUAUGUUCAUGUGACGUUCUCGCCAGUUAAGUGAAAUAAGACUCUACUAAAGCAGCCACGGGAGAUUUGAAGCCUAAGCCAUCACCACCACAGUAAGAAUUGUGCACUUAACCUGAGCUUGGUAGAAUAGCCACGGUACAGAAAAUCCUAUGUUUUCUCUUAGACCUUCUGUUUUUCCUUUAGGGAGUCUUUGCCUCACUAGUCUGUUUCCUUUUCCUAACAGACAUUUUCUUUGGACACACGGGCCUUUUCAGAAGGUCCAGCGUAGGCUCUGGGUCUCCUGGCCUGUGCAGAGUGAUGGCUGGUCUUUCUGUCCACGUGUCUGUUAGCGCGACACUCGUCCCUGCACAUUGAUGAGUGGGUAUUUAGGAUAAUGAAUGUAACUCUUAUUUAAAGGAGUCUCCUUGCUGAGAGUAGAUGAGUACUAUUACUGUAGUGUAUGAAGUAUUAGGUUUGUGCUGAAAAUCCAUUGCCAUUUGUUACAAAUGACAUUUGUUCUUUCUGUGAAAGAGAGAUGCCCUUAAGUGUGUUUGCACACAAACCCCUGGAUGGCUUGUUGCAGUGUCACCUUGUCUCGAUGACAGGUGAUGCUGAAGAGACACUAUGGCAGACCAGCCACCCAGUCCUUCCGUCAGUUGUUGCGUCAGUUCAGUCUAAUUUUAGUGUUUGGUGUUGAGUGUUGAAGCUUGCACUGCUGUAGAAUUGAUGGCUGCUCUCCGUCAGGCUGUGUGGGGUGUACACGUGGACCUGGAGCAUGCAUGUGUAACCAUAUGAUCAGUACUGCAGUUCCUGUAGUCUAACCCAUCUGCAUAGUCAGUUGGAAAAAGAAAUGUGCUGUUGUAGUAACGUAGAACAAAAGCUGCUAAAACAAUGUAGAGUGGACCAGGACCCGAGCUGAGCAGCAGGAGCCUCUGUUCCCUGCAGCCUGUGGGGCGGGUCCAGCCUUCUGAGGUGCCCUUCAAAGCCAUCAUCUGAGAGAAGAAACGGUUCAGGCGACAUGAGCAAGUUUCUGGGAAACUUUGUUUGAGAGCAUGCUAAGGUUUAUUUAAAACCCCAGGAAUUGCUCUUUCCAGGUGAAAAAUUCUUUUUUUGACCUGAAGGCAGAGGAAAGAGUUCCCUGCUAAUGAUUCCAUUCAGCUGAUGAAGUACUUGAUUAUUAGAGAGCAGUGCCACUAAGCAGCUUUAAGUUGUCCGUAAUCAUUGUAAACAUCAGUGCAGUACCUUCAAUAUGGUAAAGAUGUUGUCUUCAGAUGAAUGGCUCAUAUUUUGGUGCAGUGUUUGAUGUUCACAAAAAAAUGUUACAAUAAUAAACUAACAUAAACUGAU